CUUGCGCGCCUGCUUUGCUUGCUUGCUUCCAUCCUCCUUGUGUGCGAGACCGACCUUGUGCAGACGACGAGGCUGUGCUGAAGAAGGAUACGGCGGCGACAGCUUCGAUACUCGUUGGCCUUUUCCUACCUACUGGAUCUGCAGUACUUUCGGCAUGCUUUUUGCGUAUGAACUGCAUUAAGGAUCAAUAAAAUGUUAAGCACCGACUGUUUAGGGGCGCAGGAGUUCCAUGCAUUCUACAGCACACCUGAAAUACUGGAAGACUCACAGUUUCGAGAGGCUGCAUUCGAACAAGCGGCGGUGGGGUCAACGCUAAUAGGCCAGCAAAAUGUCUGCUCUACUACUGAAGUAUCAGGGGGAGACAUUGCAAUCGCUGAAGUCAGCUUGGUGCAGGGUGAAUCCGACACAGCAGCCACCGAUUUACUGUCACUGUCAUUCUUGUCAUGCGGUUCGAGAUCUAUGGUUCCAAUAUCCAUUCCGUCGUCAUCUGGCCUUGAAACCAUCCUAUCAGCUAAUCCAAUCUACAGUGAUAUUCAGUUCAAAGAUGUGAACUACAAUGCUACAGCAAUGGAUGAAAGCACUGAGUUCCUUCAGCUGAUUCUUAGUGGCAAUGAUGAAGGCUACAGUAAUACAACCGAACUGCAAGUUUGGGAUGUUCUGGACUUCUAUUUCUCAGAAAGCUUUUCUGAUGUACAAUUUGAUAGCAUCAUGGGAUUUACAAAUGAUGUCAGUACUUCCUCUAAUGAUUGUAUGAACAUUAUUGACUUGGUAGAGCGGCCUGUGGCACUCCUAUCUCUCAAUGAUACAGAUGAACCAAAUAACACGACCAAUAAGGCUCCAGCCGACGACAUCACAAUAGACCCUGAUGACACAUCCUUGUACCUUCAGAUGAAACCAUCGGAUUCAGAAACCGAAAGUACUUCUGCCUCUCAUGGUGUGAUAGGAACUGAAUAUGUUGAUGAAAAGCUACACUCUAGAGGUCUGCCUGAUUUAAUGGAUGUUGACUCACCUUACCGUCUACGCAAAUCACCAGUGAGAACAAAGCAUAUCACUCUUGUGCUUGAUCUGGAUGAGACUCUUGUCCAUUCAACAUUAGAUCACUGUGAUAUAGCUGAUUUCAGCAUUCAAGUUUUCUUCAAUAUGAAAGACCAUACAGUCUAUGUAAGGCAAAGGCCCCACCUGAAGAUGUUCCUUGAGAAGGUAGCUCAGAUGUUUGAGCUUGUCAUUUUCACAGCUAGUCAGAAAAUCUAUGCCGAGCAGAUAAUAGAUAGACUGGACCCUGAAGGAAAAUUGAUCUCACAACGACUUUAUCGUGAGUCAUGUAUAUUCUCUGAUGGUAGCUAUACAAAAGACCUGACAAUUCUUGGAGUCCACUUGGCGAAAGUUGCAAUUAUCGACAAUACGCCUCAGGUUUUCCAGUUACAAGUGGAUAAUGGUAUACCUAUAAAGAGCUGGUUUGAUGACCCUUGUGACCAGGAAUUAGUUGAGUUACUCCCGUUCCUUGAGACCCUUGUAGAUGCAGAGGAUGUAAGGCCACUAAUCUCAAAAACUUUCCACAGCAUCCAACAGCAGGAUUAGAUUUAGAUGCAUGAUUAUCAUGUAGCACUGAUCCUGCCAGUGAACUUCCACCGACUAUAUGGUGCGCGCCAUUCUUGGAAAAUUAGGUAUAGGACCCACAUUCACCAUUUAUGUUAUGUUGGCUGUUACAAAUAGCAAGCAUAAACUACAGUCGUACGUUCACCAUGGUUUGUAUAUGUAUUUUUUUUCGGCUUUGUGUGUCCGCAGAUCCUUGUACAUAAACUAUAGUAAUGAAUAAAGUGAUCUGAAUCCAAUUUUUCUCAAAA